AGAAAGUAUUCUGACUUAGUAAUUAGAAAGUAUUCUGAUUCAGUAAUUAGAAAGUACUCUGAUUCAGUAAUUAGAAAGUAUUCUGAUUCAGUAAUUAGAAAGUAUUCUGAUUCAGUAAUUAGAAAGUAUUCUGAUUCAGUAAUUAGAAAGUAUUCUGAUUCAGUAAUUAGAAAGUAUUCUGAUUCAGUAAUUAGAAAGUAUUCUGACUCAGUAAUUAGAAAGUAUUCUGAUUCAGUAAUUAGAAAGUAUUCUGAUUCAGUAAUUAGAAAGUAUUCUGACUCAGUAAUUAGAAAGUAUUCUGAUUCAGUAAUUAGAAAGUACUCUGAUUCAGUAAUUAGAAAGUAUUCUGACUCAGUAAUUAGAAAGUAUUCUGAUUCAGUUAUUAAAAAGUGUUCUGAUUUAGUAAUUAGAAAGUAUUCUGAUUCAGUAAUUAGAAAGUGUUCAGAUUCAGUAAUUAGAAAGUAUUCUGAUUCAGUAAUUAGAAAGUAUUCUGAUUUAGUAAUUAGAAAGUAUUCUGAUUUAGUAAUUAGAAAAAAGUAUUCUGAUUCAGUAACUAGAAAGUAUUCUGAUUCAGUAAUUAGAAAGUAUUCUGAUUCAGUAAUAAGAAAGUAUUCUGAUUCAGUAAUUAGAAAGUAUUCUGAUUCAGUAAUUAGAAAGUAUUCUGAUUCAGUAAUUAGAAAGUAUUCUGACUCAGUAAUUAGAAAGUAUUCUGAUUCAGUAAUUAGAAAGUACUCUGAUUCAGUAAUUAGAAAGUAUUCUGACUCAGUAAUUAGAAAGUAUUCUGAUUCAGUAAUUAAAAAGUAUUCUGAUUCAGUAAUUAGAAAGUAUUCUGAUUCAGUAAUUAGAAAGUGUUCAGAUUCAGUAAUUAGAAAGUAUUCUGAUUCAGUAAUUAGAAAGUAUUCUGAUUUAGUAAUUAGAAAGUAUUCUGAUUUAGUAAUUAGAAAGUGUUCUGAUUCAGUAAUUAGAAAGUAUUCUGAUUCAGUAAGUAGAAAGUAUUCUGAUUCAGUAAUUAGAAAGUAUUCUGAUUCAGUAAUUAGAAAGUAUUCUGAUUCAGUAAUAAGAAAGAGUUGUCAGUAA